UAACGACUGAGGUUCUCCGUCAAUUCCUUGUCCAUUAGAUCAAUGGCGAUAACUUUCUCCGAUCUCCACACCGAGGCGGGCCUCAAGUCUCUGGAUAAGUUCCUUGCCGGAAAAACUUACAUCUCCGGAGAGUUGAUUCUUCACAGGAAUAAGUUGUCGAAAGAUGACAUAAAGGUCUAUGCUGCUGUUCUGGGGAAGCCUGCUGAAUCCUUUCCCAAUGCUAGCAAGUGGUACGAGUGUGUAUCUUCACAUCUUGCCAACAGCUUCCCCGGAAAGGCUGUUGGUGUAAGAAUCGGUGGAAAAGGUGCCCCAGCUGCAGCUGCUCCAGCCAAGGCCGAUGCUGGAGAUGAUGACUUGGAUCUCUUUGGUGAUGAGACAGAGGAGGAAAAGAAGGCAGCAGAGGAGAGGGAGGCAUCUAAAAAGGCAUCCACCAAGAAGAAAGAAAGUGGAAAGUCUUCUGUUCUUAUGGAUAUCAAACCUUGGGAUGAUGAGACUGACAUGAAGAAGCUGGAAGAGGCUGUACGAAGUGUUGAAAUGCCUGGUCUACUGUGGGGAGCAUCAAAACUGGUUCCAGUCGGUUAUGGCAUUAAGAAGCUGCAGAUAAUGCUUACCAUUGUGGAUGACCUUGUUUCUGUGGAUUCCCUUAUAGAAGAACACCUCACGGUCGAGCCCUGCAACGAGCAUGUCCAGAGUUGUGACAUUGUUGCCUUCAAUAAAAUUUAGAAAGCCACCCCUUAUUGCACUGAUCUUAGGGCUAGCCAUUCUUGGCAUCCAAUAUAUCUUCUGUCCUCAAUUCCCUUGUUCCUACAUUGUUUUUGUUAAGUCGUGUGAUCAUAAGAUCUUAAAUCUGAGUAGUUUCUGAUGCUUUGUCUAGCCAUUUCAUGCUGGAACAUCUUAUUUUCAUUUGAGUAUUUUUAAAGAGGGUUUUAAACAUUUUUGCCACGUAGUAAUCUACUUUCUUGUCUAUAUAAUAAAUCACUGAUUCAACG